GCACAGCUCUAUAUAAGGCCUGGUAAGGUUGCAAUGUAAUCUCAUCUCAUCCUCAACAUAUCCACAUAAACUAGAUAAGAACUUAAGAAGAAGGGUAGUAUAUAUGGAGGGUUUCAUGCGUAUGUUUUCGACUUUCUUCGUCGCUCUGUUGCUUCUGGUGGCUACUGGCAUGGGGCCAAAUGCUAUGGUUGCUGAGGCCAGAAAUUGUGAGAGUAAGAGCCACAAGUUCAAAGGAAAGUGCUUUAGUGAGACCAACUGUGGAUCAGUUUGCCAAACUGAGGGCUUCAGUGGAGGCAACUGCCGCGGUCUUCGCCGCAGAUGCUUCUGCACCAAACAUUGUUGAUGAGUAAUCAACAGUGCAAGUCACCUCUCUUGGAUACUUAGCUGUGUUGGGAGGAUGCACUAAUCCGUUGGCAUGGGGAGUCUACCUACGUGUUUAGAAUAAUGGAUGUUUGUAUCUAAUCUUCUGUGUGUGGAAGUUUGGUAUUCAAGUUACAUAGAUCGAUCACAAGUUACUUGUCUUUGUGUAGGGUUGUAAUGUUGCAUAUUUGUAUUGUGGUUUUCUCUUUCUUAUGAUCUUAUCCGAUUAUGCAUCCUCCGUUUUAGCAAUUUGAAGAAAUAAGAGUAAUUAUUUCUCAUAA